AUGGAAGAUCCAGAAGAUCUACCCCCGCGGUAUUCCACGCUGGAGUACAUUGACCGACCGGAGGAAUUUUGGUCUCAGAGCGGAGCAAAUGUCAACGACGAUGGCCGUAUUGAGGUCGAUCUUGACUCUAAAGUCUGUAGGGCUGUGGCGAAGCUGAUUCCGAUCUCGCACGAGGAACCGAAACGCGAACCAGUGCCAGAUUACACACAGCCUUCCACCUGUGACAUUCGACUAAACAUUGUUAUCCAGGUUGUCGGCAGUCGCGGAGAUGUCCAGCCAUUCAUUGCAUUGGGCAAUGAGCUACAGCUCUAUGGUCACCGUGUGAGACUAGCGACACACGGAGUAUUCGAGUCAUUUGUCCUUGAAUCGGGCUUGGAGUUUUACCCCAUCGGGGGCUUGAGGAGUGGGGAGAUCCAACGCAAGCGGGCCAUGGUGGCUGAAAUGCUCCGGGGUUGCUGGGAUUCAUGCAUAAGUGAAGAUCCGGUCAGCAAAGCACCCUUUGUCGCUGAUGCUAUCAUUGCCAAUCCUCCAAGCUUCGCUCAUAUUCAUUGCGCGCAAGCCUUGGCCAUCCCAUUGCAUCUCAUGUUCACUAUGCCCUGGAGCAACACACGAGCUUUUCCACACCCCUUGGCGAACCUCAAAUAUUCUACCACGGAGCCCAAGCUGGCCAACUACAUCUCAUACGGCGUUGUCGAAUGGAUGACAUGGCAAGGACUUGGUGAUGUGAUUAAUGAGUGGAGAGCUUCACUUGAUCUAGAGCCUGUACCCGGAAUGGAAGGGCCCUGUCUAGCGGGCACACUGAAAGUUCCUUUCACUUACUGUUGGUCACCAAGCCUCAUACCGAAGCCAUUCGAUUGGUCGUCGAACAUAGAUGUCUGUGGCUUCUUCUUUCGCUCGCUCCCAAACUACACACCACCCCCCGAUUUAGAGUCAUUUCUGCGGGGCGGUAGUCCUCCCGUGUACAUUGGUUUUGGCAGCAUUGUGAUCGACGAUCCGAUCGCCAUGACCAAGAUGAUUCUCGAGGCCGUCAAGUCACUUGGUAUUCGUGCGAUCAUAUCUCGAGGUUGGAGCAACCUGGGGGAAGCUGACUCUGAUGAUCAAGUCUUCUAUUUCGGAGACUGUCCACACGAAUGGUUAUUUCAACAUGUCGCUGCUGUUGUGCACCAUGGAGGCGCGGGGACCACAGCAUGUGGCCUACGCUUUGGGCGCACGACGACGAUUAUUCCGUUUUUUGGAGAUCAACUUUUUUGGGGCAACAUGGUCGCGUCAUGUGGACUUGGCCCUCGACCGAUCCCCUAUCGAUCUCUCACGUCGGAUAAGUUGGCAGAAGCGAUUAAAUUUUGUCUUCAGCCGGAAGCACAGGCGGCGGCUCAUGAUGUUGCGGACCGAAUGAGUCAUGAGAAUGGAGUUGCUACCGCGGUUGCGUCGUUCCAUCGCAAUCUCCCAGUGACAAACAUGCAAUGCGACGUCCAUCCUUCCGCACCCGCCGCGUGGCGGUUCAAGAAAUCGUCCAAAAAACCACUGCUUCUGUCUAAAAUCGCAGCGGGAGUCCUAAUAGAUCAUCGUUGGUUAAAACAAAGUGAUCUACAACCGUUACUGGUUCACCCGAUUUUCAUUCAGAACAAGCGAUGGGACCCAGUCACAGGAACAGCCUCAUCGCUACUAGGCACCACUACUAACAUCCUAAAAGCGACGACUGACAUUGUUUACCGACCAUACCAAGAAUUCCGCCGCGUCCCUAGAAGCCAACCAGAGCUUUCAGCUCCAGAAUCGGCCGCGUCUCGCUCACCUAGCUUUAGCUCUGAGCUGAGCGCAUCUUCCACAGCUUCCGGCACAAAGAAAUCCUCCAAACUUAGAACCACUGGAGUUGCAAUGGGAGGCUCGGCAAAAAGCGCUGGAAAGGUCCUCGGCUACUGGUAUAGAGGCAUGCUCAUAGACAUGCCUCUAGCAGCCAGUGAAGGACUCCGGGCCGUCCCGCGUCUAUACGGCGACGAGGUGAAAGAUCAUGGACCAGUUGAAGAUUGGAAAUCCGGAGCUUCCUUUGCAGGGAAAAACUUCGUGCAUGGGAUGGCGGACGGGCUCAGCGACAUCUUCACACAGCCUUACAAAGGUGGUCAAGAAGAGGGGGCAAAGGGUGUGGUGAAGGGAAUCGGCAAGGGGGCCAUUGGCCUGACGACUAAGGUUUCAUCUGCUGCUCUUGGAUUGGUUGCGUAUCCUGCGCAUGGAAUGAUGAAGAGCCUGUAUACUGUGACGCACUCUAAAACACGCAAGGCUGUUCUCCAGGCACGCGUCACAGAAGGAAGGUACCUCGCUGAAAGAUCAGAUACUAAAACCGAGUGCCAGGCGAUCGUCCACAACUUUGAAGUCGCCUGCCGUCAAGACACUGCUGUUAGUAGCUGA